UGCGGGGCUCUCGCCGCCUGUGGGGCCCGGCCGCGCUCGCUGGGGCGGCCUCCCCCGCGGGCCAGUGCUGCCCGGGUGCGGCCGCCGCCGCCUUCCGGAGCGCGGCGGCCGCCGCCGGCCGCUGCGGCGCGGGGAGAGGGCGGCCGGGCUCCCGGGGCCGCUCGGCUGCCCGCGGGGCCAUGAGGCGGCCGCGCAGUGCGGCGGGGGCCGGCAGGGCUGCAGCAUGAGCGGCUCCUGCCUGGGGCUGCGCAGGGCCUGCUUCCUACUGUCCUUCGGCGCCGCCGCCCUCCUGCUGUUGCUGCUGCCGCGGGGUCAGCCCCCCGCCGCGCCCCGCCGCCGCCCGCCGCGCCCCGCUGGGCCUAGCGGGCCGCCGCGGGCGGCCACCGGGGGCAGCGGCCUGCCCGGCACACGGGCGGGCUCCCGCGGGGGGCCGGGGACCGGCGGCCGCGGCGGGGGCCUGGGCGGCAGCCCGCAACCUGCGCGGAGAGGCCGCCCGACGGCCCGGGAGAGCCUGGAGCUGAAGGACAUCUUCAUUGCCGUGAAGACCACGCGGAAGUACCACCGCAGCCGGCUGGACCUGCUGCUGCAAACCUGGAUCUCCCGGGCCAGGGGGCAGACGUUUAUAUUCACAGACUGGGAGGAUCGGGAGCUACGCCUGAAAGCAGGGGAUCAUAUGAUCAACACCAACUGUUCUGCUGUCCAUACCCGGCAAGCUCUCUGCUGCAAGAUGUCUGUGGAAUAUGAUAAAUUCCUGGAAUCUGGGCAAAAAUGGUUUUGCCAUGUGGAUGAUGACAACUACGUCAACCCUCAGACUCUUCUGCAUCUCUUAUCUGCCUUCUCACACAGCCAGGAUGUUUAUGUGGGACGACCGAGUCUGGACCAUCCCAUUGAAGCAGCUGACCAUGUCCAAAGUGAUGGAUCAAAGACAACCGUGAAAUUCUGGUUUGCCACAGGUGGAGCAGGGUUCUGUAUCAGCAGAGGUCUUGCCCUGAAGAUGAGUCCCUGGGCCAGCCUGGGCAAUUUCAUCAGUACCGCAGAAAGAGUGCGUCUUCCUGAUGACUGCACUAUCGGCUAUAUCAUUGAAGGGCUGCUGGAGGUAAAGCUGCUGCACAGCCCUUUGUUCCAUUCCCACCUGGAAAAUCUGCAGAGACUACAAGGCGAGUCUGUGCUGCAGCAGGUAACCUUGAGUUACGGGGACCCUGAGAACAAACACAAUGUUGUGAGUGUGGGAGGAGUGUUUGGCCUUCAGCAAGAUCCGACGCGAUUUAAAUCUGUCCAUUGUCUGCUCUAUCCUGACACUAUUUGGUGCCCUGCUAAGAAGAUGUCCUAACUCUUGACUGGUUGUUGACGCCUGUAUCUUACCUCGUUUGUGUAAGACAGGAGUUGUUGUGGACUUUUGGGUUUGGGUUUGUUUUGUUUUUUUUUUCCUUUUCUGGGAGACAACCAGAGGCAUCUACAAAGGAGGCAGACUCUAUUUACAAAAACAGAGGUGUGGUUUGUUCAGCUGCAGCCUGGGGCAUUCCAAGAAGAAUCUUUGUUCUUUUGUCCAGUGGCUCUUUGUAAAACGACUGCAGUCAUACUUGUGUAAGUCACUUUACGCUUUCGUUCUGUCAUGUGAAUCUGUGCUUGGAUACAUCCUAGGCAAAUGCAGCGCUGGGAAUGACAGCAUUCUUACUGCUGUUAGAGGCCAUUGUCUUGAAGCUGGAGUGCCGUAGAAGACUGUAGUCCCCAUGGUGACAAGAGAGGGGAAGUUUUCAUUCACCUUUCUUGGGAACAGUAUUACUUAAGAGCUUCUGUGGCCUGCCAUAUUAAAACCCCACCUGUGGGCCAGAAUAGGGUCUGUUUGGAAACACCAGAAAUCCUGGAAUCACUAGGGUAAACGAGGCUGAAAGCCUUUGUCAUGGGGAAAACCCUGUGUUAAGGGUAAGCUCAUUCAGGACUGGAUAAGUUGCUUACAGUGUGCAUUCUCUCCUGUAGUCCAUGUGUACCUCCCAUGGAGGUGUUUGUCAGACUUGGUGCUCUUACCAGCUGAAUUGCAGUAGCUGUUGAUUAUAAUGGUGGUCUGCCAGGUCCAAGACUGUUCCCUUGAUAUUUGAUACUGAAGAAAUAUUUGCCAGACUAGAUGGUAAUUAUUUCUCCUGCUUUGCCCACAGCAGGUAGUAUGAGCCAGAGCAUGCUCACUGGUCAAUGAAAUGUGCCCUGUGUCUGAAGUUGUGCUGUAUCUUUUGCUGCCUGUGAGGCAGGAGGAACGCUAGAUAUCUGUAAUGCCCCAAGGAAGUUUUCAAUGGUAUAAUUUGAGGACCUUUAAUUGUAUGAUUGUGGUUACUCCACUUCGGCUUCUUCAGAUAAACUUAUGAUUACCUUAAGGACUAGAUCAGUGGUUAUUUUUACUCUACUUCUUCACGUUUCAGUAAAUAGUUCACCCCAUCAGUAAAAUGCAGACUGCACACUCACACAAAGGCAGAAGUUCAAUGCUGUAGCAGUAUCACCUGCUGCUGCUUUUUAAAUAAGCUUAGUUUUGAAAGUGGAAGAAAUGGGGCUCCAUACACUUCCUUUCCUGUUAGCCCAAAUUUCGGCCAUAUGCAAUCCCUACCUGACAUGAAGAACAGCAUAAAAAAAAAUAACUUUGCAAAACCACUCUUUCACAAAGUCUUCAGCAAAUACUUGCUGGUUUAGUGCUAAAGUCUGAGACGGAAUUAAGAGGAGAAUAAUAGAGUGACAUUGCAUAACCUGGAAUGAUGAUUAAUGGCUAGAAUGUGGACCUAGAAAAAGUUUCAGAUUUCUAAAUAGCUGUGCUGAGCUGUACUGUGGACUUCAGCUAGUUGCUUAACUUCCUGCUGUUUGAAAAGUGGUGUAAUGUAAGCAAAUGCCUGCAGUGUAUUCAAGUAUGAAAUUUAGCAGAGGUGUCAGCCUCCUGAAACACACUGUUCCCCGCACUCUAUUUUUAACACAAACCUUUCAGCAUUUACCUGGGUACACUGUUCUCUCUGCAUGAUUCUAGUGAAUUCCAGUGAGAAGCAAACAAGCUGAGUGCUACUUACUGCAGCUCGUUCUUAAAUUUCUCCUUUCCUUCUUAUCUACUGAAGUGACUAUGAGGUACGGGAAUAAGAAUGUGCAGGCAAUUGGAUCUAAGUCCAGCUAGUACAGUGGCUGUUCUGUGACAAGUACACCUGUAACACAGACAGCCUGUUACAGAAAACAGGGGGACUUGUGGAACAGUGGGUUGUGGUAUGUUCUACCUCUGUAUUGGGUCUUCUGCUCACUAGAGCUGAGGCAUCCUAUGGUUUAAUGAUUUGUUGUUAAUUGCUCUGGAGAUUCCUGGUAUCUAUAUAAGUACUUUAAAAACAAAACAAGAACACUGGUUAUGCUCUUGUUUUCAACCUCCUGUAGCAGAAAGCUGUGAAACUUCAUGAGUUCUUGAUGAGAUUUUUGUCUUCGAACACUGAUAGUGAGCUAUUCUCUUGGAGCUUUUCUUCCCCUUUCACUAGUAGCAGCCCCUUGUAAGGUACCAUAGACAGCAUGGACUGGGCAGUGAUUAUGUGGCAAACUGCAGUUCAAAAAGGACACUGCUUUUUAUGGAUGGUAGCAAAACCAAGUAGUAGAAAGUUUCACACUGUAGUCACUGGUCACCCAAACUAGGUGUGCCAAAGAGGCAGUAUGCUCUGAGUUGGCAGGGCAUUUACUAAACUGGAAAAGGACUACAUUCUCCUGCAUGGCAAUAGGGAACCGUUCCAUGUGUCCAAGCUUCUUUUUAAGGUUUCUUGUGUUGACAAUGCAGUAGGCUGUGUGGAUAUAUCAGGAUGCAGCUUUUUAAUCACGCUACAGUUUCACACUUAAAGUGAUUCUAUAAAAUAAAUAUUUAAAUAUGUCAAAA